AUGACCACCAAAGAGCAUGCUAAAAAGCAUUCCAUGGAUAUUUCCCAUGUGGCUGCUGUAGAGCUACCGUUCAAUGUUAAAAACACCGACAGAGCAGUGAAGAUGCUUGGAGGAAAAGAGAGAAUCCAUAAAGCCAUCAGUUCCCAAUACCGACCCACGGCAAUUCAGCCCAGUAGUCACGCUGUUGACGAUAAGAACUUGGAAUUGAGACUUCGAAACGAUCCAUUUCAUCAUCCUGUUCAAGCCUCCGUGAACAGAAGAGAAAAAGUGUUACUUAAAGUAUCUAUUCCUAAGUCCAGUCUCCCAAAGGACUACGAAGAGUCUCCGCAGAAUUACACGGUCAGGGAGCUCAUUAAGCGCAACACAGAAAAGGGUGGUCAUCAUGUGAAGGUUGAGCCUGUGGCCAUAAUAAAUAAGAAUUACAACUUUAGGGCAAUUGCAGACUUUCAGAUGUCUACCAAAAAUAACAAGAUGGCUCAGGAUUUCAACAAGCAAGUGUUGAGGGCAAACAAGGUUGACGAUUUAAAAGAAUUCUACAAAAAAAAACUUACCGUGACCGAUGAAUUAAAAGACCCAGAAGUAUUUGAGAACAAGGAUCACCAGCUCAUACCUCCACCGCACUUCAGUGGAGUACGCUUUCCGUUUGACUUCCGCUACCAAAAAAGUCCAUACACUGUUACCAUUCGGGAUGAUGAAGGUGAUAUGAAGGUUGUGAUGAAGUCAGAUUCAAAGAAGCUCUUCACGAACACAGUCGAUUUCUACAACGAUGACAUUCCAAAAGAGCCACUCCCCGAAAUUGUCAAAAAGUACGAAUGGAUGAUCAACAAUGACCUUUCACAAGAAUACGCGGACCGAAAGCUUUUUGAUUGCAUCCAUAAUCUAAGGAGAUUAUUUGAACUCAAGCCAAUUUGGUUGAGAAAGCUGCUUGUUGAUGUCACGCCCACUCAUCUCAAAGCAGCCGUGAAGGAGGCUCUCCCAUAUGUCUCAUACUGCUAUAAAAAUGGCCCUUGGAGAUUCUGCAAUGUCCGGCUCGGAAUCAAUCCAAAGGACGACAAAUCAUACUGGAUGUAUCAGAGUGGGUACUUCCGCUUGCAAGGUCUUCGCACCAAGUUUGACCAAACUGAAGACAGCACGAGGGCUCUUCCAAAUACAAUCAAAAUGACGCAUCCAGAUUCUGAUGUGAAGGUCUCUGAGCACCUUUUGUUCACUGGAAAAAAGCUUCCACGAGCUAUCAACUAUCAAAUCGGAGAUAUUAUGGAUGAAGAUGUAAUGGGCGUCAUCAAGAGAGCUGAAGAAAAUGGCGAGUUGCUUAGAGAUACCUUGGAUCCGCAAGAGGGCUGGAUAAACUAUCAAACUUUCGAGACAAUACGGCGCAUAGUCAGAUACAAGCUUCGUCGAUUGUACAAGGAGGAACCAAUUGAUCGCGACAAGAUCCACGCAAUUGUCGAGGCCGACUACGCUGAAAAGGAUGGUGAAGCUGCAGUAGAUGUUGGUGAAGAAGAUGAAGAUGAGGAAGAGGCUGACCUUGGCGACAACGAAGAUGAAGAAAACCAAGAUCAGAACGGGGUCGAAGAUGAGAACGAUAUUGAGGAAGAUAUACUUGAUGACAACACCGUUACCGAAGGAUCUGUGUUUGACAGGAUCAAGAAGGCUGACGGCCGCGCAGCAGAGAAACUCAAGGAAUUUGUUGGAUUCAUCAAGCAGGAAUCCACUCAAUUGCAAGACUAA